AUGGAAAUAAAGCCAAAAUGGAUUUUCUGUUUGCUUCUUUGCACAAAUAUCAUCAUAAAUUUAGACUAAGGUAUCAUUCCAGCAGGUAUAGUUUAUCUUUAGUUAAGCAAUAUAAUAGAUCGAGGAGUCACUUGAAUUAACUUCAGAAUAAUUAGGUUUUUUAGGAUCUUAAGUUUAUGGAGGUGUAACUCUAGUCUGUUUAUUUGGAGGAAAAUUAUUCCUCCAUUUUAAUUCAAAGAUGAUAGUUAUAUUUAGUUAUUUAGGAAUGAUCUCUUCUUUAACUUUAUUUCCUUUAAAUUAUGGAGCAAGUUGGCCAUUUUAUAUUUUUAGAUUUUUAACAGGCUGUUCAAAAGUAGUUAAUUUAUCUAAUUUAGGCACCUAUGAUGAUUUAUUUUCCAGUUUGGGUGGAUAAUUUUGGAGGUGAAUAAAAAACAAUAUGGAUCACAAUACUAUAAGGAGUAAUUCCAUUAGGCAUUUUUGUUGGAUAUUCUGUAUCAAGUGUGAUAUCAAGUUUAUGGGAAUGGCAAGCAGCUUUUUAUUUACAAGUGAUUAUGUUAACAGCUUGUGCGACUAUCUUUAUAAUUUUUGUUAGGAAUAAAGAUUUUGAUAUAAAAAAAAGUACUAAAUAAAAAAUUGGAAGUAAGUCAGUUAACGAGGAUCAAUAAAAAAAAUCUCUUCUAGGAUAGAAUGAAAAGAAUACAUAUUGGUAAAUGAUGAAAGAAUUAUAUUCUAUAAAACUUUGGUUAUGCUGCACAAUUGUAAUAAGCAUACUAUAUUUUAUUGUAACUGGUAUUUAAUUUUGGAUGACAGAUUAUAUGAUUAAAGAGAUGCAUUAAGAGAAAUAAACAGUAAACAUUGUAUUUGCAAUUGUAUCAAUAACCGCUCCUGUAUUUGGUUGUGUAACAGGAGGUUUGAUAGCCUAGAAACUAGGUGGUUACUAAAGAUCUAAAUCAUUAUAUGUUUGUGUGUUGUAUUGUUCUCUUUGCUGUGUUAGUGCUGCUCCAGUACCUUUUACAGAGACAUUUUGGUUUGGUGCUUUGUGUCUAUGGUUUUUAUUAUUUUUUGGUGGUGCAAUAGUACCACCAUUAAUGGGAAUAAUGCUUUCUUCAGUUCCAAAACAUUUAAAAGCAUUUGCAAAUUCAAGUACAACAAUGUUUCAAAAUUUAUUUGGAUUCUUGCCUGCCCCAUCAAUAUAUGGAUUUCUAAUGGAAAGAUAUAAUUCUUAGGUUGCAGUUUUUGCUUUGAUGUAUUACUCCUUCGUUGGUUUAUUUGUUAUGUUAUUAGCUGUUUACUUUAGAAGAAUGUAGACUAAUAAAAAAAUAGGAUUUGAAGAAGUAUUUACACAAUAGUAAGAUUCUAAAUCAUCUGUUUUACAAGAUGAAGAAAACUUUAAUAUCACAGUUAGAGUUCUAUAAUAUGGAGAUACUCCAUUAAUUACAUCACUUACACCAAAUAUUGAAGGUUAAAUUCCUAAUUAUGACAAUCAAGAAACAAUAAAUUAAGAAGAUUGA